AUGAGAAUAUGCCAUUUAUUGGAAGAAUGGAUAAGAGACUAUCCUUACGACUUCAAGGUCCGCGGUACACCCAGCGCCCUGUCUGCCCUUUUCAAAUCCAUGACCUCCAAAACCUACCUUCUCCAUUAUGGCGCUGAUUUUCUUCCUUUCCAUGAGCUACUUCCGAACUUGGUCGACAAGGAUGCCGCUGAUUAUCCCGAAGACGAGAGCGACUAUGAUGACGACGAGAAGAGCGCUGUUCUCACGCUCGGCAGCCCCCAUAGCUCUGAUCCAGAGCUCCCGGCCGCAGCUCGCUCUCCCUCUAGUAAAGUCAAGACUCCCGCUACCUCCAGAGAGCACAAAGGAAGCAUUCCGUUUUCCGCCAAACUCGUCUGCGCGCCGCCUGCUCUCAACGGACCAGGCCUCGAGUCCGAGAAUAUUGCCCAAGAAAUUACGCGACUGGAAUUGUUCUUGGAUAUCAAGCCCAGACAUUGGUUGCGGUACCCUUUUGUGUCAGGCAAGAAGGAUCCAGCAACUAAUUCAAUCGCUCGGCUCAACGACUUCUCUAACCAUCUAGCUGUCUGGGUGGUUUCGAUGAUUCUAUGUCACGACAAGCACAAGAUGCGGGCCAAACUGAUCGAAAAGAUGGUCAAAAUUGCCCAGAAGUUGCGGGGUCUUAACUACUACGCUGCACUGCGAGCGUUUGUCGCCGGGAUCAACCAUUCAACAUUUCCUGGCGAUCCAAUCAUGGAACAUAUCAAAGCCAAAUCGCCAGACCAGGAAUGGACGACUACAUUUUGA